UCUAGCAGUUUGAAACACCAGCCUGUGAGUUGUCUGUGGUUUGAUUUGGCAAAAGAUCCUGUACUGAUAUUGAGCACAAUGUCAUAAUAGGGAGAAGGGUUUUGACAGAACCAAGAUCAAGUCAAGAUGGAGACUUUAACACCAGCAUUUAUUUCACACGGUCGUAGGUCCAUUAGCACCCCCAAUUCCACCUUUGCGUCCAUCAACUUGGACAGCACUUUGGAGAGGAACAUCAGCAGCUCAAGUGUGUCUCUUUUAUGUAAUAACAGCACUGACGAAAACAGUCUCCCAGCAAAAAGUUCUAGUAGUGUCCUAAAAGAUGUUGUGGCAUAUGUUGAAGUCCGUACAAAUUCAGAUAACAGAAGUCAAGCUAUAGGCAAGGAACUGGAAGCUUUAGGUGCCACAGUUGUCAAGAAGUUCACCAAUGAAGUGACACAUGUUAUCUUCAAGGAUGGCAAGAAAAGUACAAGAGACAGGGCAAAAAAGAAAGGCCUACAUUUAGUUACAGUCCUGUGGGUGGACAGACUUAAAGUAUAG